CGUGUGUGCGCAUGUGCCGUGUGUUCGGAACAGUGUUGUAACGUCGGCGUCUCGGCGCCCGCGCCGGCGUCGGCGAGCGGCCGUGCAGCGCCGGGGAUGUCGCCGCGAACAACAUGCUCGCCGUCCGCCAAGUUAAGUACCUGGGCUCGUUCCCGGUGGCCGGCGGCGAGCACGCGCAUGCGCAGCGCAGCGACGCCGUCUCACAACAACUACUGCUUAUGAAGGAGAGCGGGCGUGCGGUGCCGGUGCUGGUGGUGGUCGCGCUCUCAGGGGUCAAAGUAUGCGACCCCGACGACCAGAGCGUGCGCAUGUCGCACGCGUUGCGGCGCAUCUCGUACGCGACGUGUGAGGCGACGCGCGCGCUGUUCGCGCUGGUGGCGCGCCAGCCGCGCUCCGAGCCCGCGCACCACUACUGCCACGCGUUUGAGACCGACACGCCGCAGCAGGCGGAGGAAUUGAACACGCUGGUGGGAGAUGCUUUCCGAAUGGCGUUCGCCUCGCAGCUCCAGCCCUCCGCGCCUCUCUGGAGCAAGGAGCUAAGCAACGAGUGCAGCGGCAUGGGCGUGCGCGCGCCCGACACCCUGCCCGGACUCACGCAUCACUAUCCGCAUUGUGGAGACAGGUCCCCAGCGAAAUGCGACAUAAUGGGCGUGACGAAGCUGGUGAACGAGGCCAGCCCGAGCAGCUCGGAGGAGUCCAACUCGCCGACGGAGAUCAACUGCUACCGGCGGCUGGGCGACCGACCGCCGCUCAUGAAGCGGCUCGCCAUGGGUCUUAGUGGAGCGCUACUGCAGCCUUCUGAUGAUGAUUCCACGCCGCUUGUUGCUGAUACACCCACCACUCCCACAAAUCUGCCUCUGUGUCUAAACGGGGGCUACAUAAACGAAGCGUCGGAGGCGGAGGCACGCACGCGCGAGAGCAACCGCGAGCACCUCGCCGUGCCGCCCACGCCGCGCCGCAAUGACAACUUCAUGCAGAACGACCUCGACGUAGACUUCAGGAGAUGUAACAAUGCUAAAUCUGGCAGUGCAUCAAACGCAUGCAGUGGUAGUGGCGCGACAUCGUCGUCAUCGGGAGCGUCGUCGUGCGGCGCCGCUCCCCCCGCGCCCCCCGUCGGUCCCCCGCCACGCCCUGAGCCUGAGCUACGACAUGCGCCGUGGUUCCAGCAUGGUAUUCCACGAGAGAUUGCACUCGAAGUGUUGAGUGGCGAGCCGGUGGGUUCGUUUCUGGUCCGCGGCAGCACGACGCAGGCCGGUUGUUACGCGUUAUCGGUCCGCGUGCCCAGGGACUUCCAACGAGCCGGAAUAGCGCACUAUCUUAUAUUGCGCACGCCGAAGGGGUAUAAGAUAAAGGGUUUCACAAAAGAGUUUUCGUCGCUGAGCGCGCUGGUGACGCACCACAGCGUGAUGCCGGAGCUGCUGCCGGCGCCGCUGCGGCUGCCGCGCGGCCCGGCGCUGCGCGCGCCGCCGCGCCGCCGCGACCACGCCGACCUGGACGCGCUCGCGCCGCGCACGCCGAGUCACGCGCCGCUGCCCGCGCACGCCGCGCUCCCCGCGCACGCCGCGCACCCCGCGCCCCCGCCGCGCCACCACGCGCUGCCGCCGCUCGACGUGUAG